AUGGGGCGACCAUGCAGCUGCGUGCAGGUGCUGGGCCAGCAAGGACCGGUGUUCAUUCUGGAGCCGCCGAGCACCCUGGUCUUCUCGAACACGACGGGCUCGCAGCUGAGCUGCUCCGCUCACGGUAGUCCGACACCUCACGUGGCCUGGAUCACCAGUCCGGAUCAGAGAUCGGUGACCGCGGUGCCGGGACUACGGCAACUUCUGGGUAAUGGCACUCUCUACUUUCCGCCAUUCCUGGCUCAGGAUUUCCGGGCAGAAGUGCAUAAUGCACGGUACAGAUGUCGAGCCACUAGUUCCGUUGGGACGGUUCUAUCCAGGGAGGUCACUUUACGAGCAGUACUUACUGUCCCCGGCUACGAGGUCAGAGUAAAUCGGGUACCGGUUGUGGCGGGCUGCAACGCGGUGCUCUCCUGUACAGCACGCGAGGAUGUCAAGGAGCAUCUUACUGUCACUUCCUGGUUCAGAGACGACGCGAUUCUCCUGCCGGGGAAUACGGAUACUGGUGGUAGAUUUGUCGUGACGUCACAGGGGGAACUUCAUAUCAGGGCUACCAGAGCCGAGGAUGGACGAGCCACUUAUUCGUGCUUAACCCUGCACACCCUCACAGGGGAGAGAAGGAGAAGCGAACCGGCAACUCUCACCGUAACCGAGCAAAGUGACUCGAUGCCGCCACGAUUGAUGCAACGCUCACAGAUUGCAAUUUCGGCCGAACGUGGAUCCGACGUGCAUCUCACGUGCUCGGCUCAAGGAAAUCCACCGCCGCAGUUCACCUGGUACCGUGACGUUAAUGGUCACACGAUCCCAGUCGAGUCUUUCAAUCGGAUCCAACUUUGGGGGGAUCUAAUGCAAAUUCGUCGGGUGGAUGCACAAGACGCUGGCAGGUACAUCUGCAGAGCAAGUAAUCAAUUCGGCGAGCAACGAGCCGAGACUCACCUCUCCGUCACGUCGAAGUUAAACGCCCGAAUCCAGCCGCGUUUACAAGUCGUUAAUUCGGGAGAGACGGCCACCUUGAAUUGCACCGUCGAAGGCUACCCUGUGGAGAGCGUCGAGUGGCUACACGAUGGAAUACCGGUAUUGACCGCCCAAGAGACCAGGAUCAGAUUGCUGGCACCCCUGGUCCUGGUAGUGGGCUCGGUCGGUCGGCGAGACAAGGGGAUGUACCAAUGUUUGGUGAGGAGCGACAAGGAGAACGCUCAGGCUACUGCGGAACUGAAGCUAGGAGAUACCGUUCCGGAACUGCAGUAUACAUUCAUAGAGCAGGCCUUGCGACCUGGACCUCCGGUAUCUCUGAGAUGUUCAGCUACCGGGUCGCCCCCGCCAUCUUUCACGUGGCUCCUCGAUGGAGAACCUCUCAGCGAAAUUGCCGCGGGUCACAGAUAUGCGAUUGGUCAAUACGUGGAUCAAUCCGGUGAUGUUAUCAGUCAUCUUAACAUAACUUCUGCUGGAGCUGAAGAUGGCGGCCUUUAUGCUUGCGUAGCCGCCAACACUCUUGCAACAGUUGCUCACAAAGCUAGACUGAAUAUCUACGGACCACCUUAUAUUCGAUCCAUUGGACCAGUCAAAGCUAUAGCGGGUGUAGACACAGUCAUUGCUUGUCCGUAUUCUGGUUAUCCGAUAACAUCUGUAGAAUGGUCCAGAGGGAAUGUUGAAUUGCCUCUAGAUAUGAGGCACAAACUCGAUAAAGAAGGUUUCUUGACGAUUACUAACGUUGACCCGAGCGAUGCAGGAACGUACACGUGCACGGUUCGUGCAAGAUCGGACGAGACUGCCAGCAGAGACAUACAACUUACCGUCAGCAGUCCGCCCGUUAUGGGUCCGUUUGGUUUCCCACCAAACCUACAAGAAGGUAGUCGUGCUCAGGUAACUUGUAGCGUGACAUCCGGAGAUCUACCGAUUAAUUUUUCCUGGCUGAAGGACGGAGAACCUCUUCCAUCUUCUUUGCUUAUAGAGGAACGAGGCGCCGAAUUCUUUAGUGUUCUGGUAUUUAAAGAAGUCUCCUCGCGUCACAGUGGAAAAUACACCUGUGUAGCUACCAACAGUGCCGCCAGAGUCAAUCAUACUGCAGAACUUUUGGUCAAAGUGACUCCGCAAUGGAUUUUCGAACCGCAGGAUGUUUCAACGUUAUUAGGCAAUCCUUUAAAUGUUCACUGUGAAGCCAAAGGUUUCCCACCACCAACAGUUACGUGGCUUCGUGGCCGUGGCAGAGCAGCUAAUGACUAUCAGCCACUAGUUGAUGGACACAACGGUAGAAUCACAAUCCUUCCAAAUGGUUCAUUAUGGACAGCUUCUGCUGGCCCACAAGACGAGGGUCAUUAUCUUUGCAGAGCUAACAACGGCAUAGGAUCCGGACUAAGCAAAAUGAUUUACGUUUCUGUAAACGAGCCAGCAAGAUUCGAAUUUCAAAGCAAGAAUGUAACGAUUCGUAGAGGAGAAUCGGUCACCUUAGACUGCACCGUAAUCGGUGAUAACCCAAUAGAGGUGCUAUGGAUGCACAAUAACGAUCGGUUGGAUGUAAAUGGACGUAGAUCCAGCAUUAGUCAAGUCAAAAUGGAUAACGGUCUAAAGUCACAGCUGUCGAUCACUAGUAGUGAUCGUCAAGAUUCUGGUAUCUACAGAUGUACAGCUGAUAAUGCUUAUGGAAGAAGUGAACAUUUGAUCUAUCUGGCAGUGCAAGAAAGACCAGACCCCCCUACAUCGUUGGAAGUAAUUGAGAUUGGAUCUAGGUCCAUCCGACUUUCGUGGAAGAAAUCUUUUGACGGAAAUAGUCCAAUUCGUAAUUACGUUAUCCAAUAUCGUUCUUUGAGUAAUUCUAUAACCGAAGACUGGGAUCCCGCCAAAACUCAUAACGUAACAUUCACACCAGGUAGUUUGAAUGCAGCAGCAAUCGCCAGUCCAACACAAACUGGAAUGUCUCGUUUUGAAGUUGCCAGUGACGAGCAUGAAGUUGCUCUAGUAGGAGGUCUUCAUCCAGCGGUGACGUAUACUUUUCGAAUAUUCGCUAUAAACUCAAUUGAUGCUAGCCCUCCUACGGAUCCCGUAGUAGCAAAGACUCAGGAAGAAGCGCCUACCGAAGCUCCUCAGAAUGUUAAAGUGGAAUCAGCUGGACCGGGCGAAUUAAUCGUUCACUGGCAAAUGCCCCCAAAAGAAUCGUGCAAUGGUGACCUCUUAGGAUACAUAGUUACGUGGUCGGAGCAUUCUUCUUCCACGUCAGGUGUGAAUCAAAGUAAAAGUCUAACAGUAAAUGGCUGGGCUACUACUAAAGUUCAACUAGCCGGUUUGAGAAAAUUUACCAAAUAUGACAUUUCCAUCAGAGCCUUUAAUAGUAUCGCUAGUGGACCAGCUAGUGUACCUGUCGUCGGUACAACUCAAGAAGGAGUACCGGAAGCGCCACCAAUUCAAGUGUCGUGCAGUCCUCUUUCAUCGCAAAUUGUGAAAGUUUCGUGGGGGGCUCCACCUGCUCAUCAGCAUGGUGGAGUCAUUCAAGGAUAUAAAGUAUAUUACAGACCUGUUCCAACGGAUAACAUGGAUAUAUCGACUAUAGGAGAAAUUAAGAGGACGUCAAGCGAAGAAACGUUUCUGCAUACAUUGUACAAGUACACAAAUUACUCGAUUAGUGUCCUAGCAUAUACCGGAGCUGGAGAUGGAGUUCUAAGUGCACCAAUCUUCUGCACAACAGAAGAAGAUGUUCCAGGUCCACCAGCGGGUAUUAAAGCUUUGGCAUUAACUGCAGAGAGCAUUUUAGUAUCCUGGUUGCCUCCGUUGCAACCUAAUGGACACGUCUCUCAAUACACGAUUUACAGUAAAGAGGUUGGUGCGGGAAGACAUAAUACGCAUACAAUGCACGAACCACCAUUAUCUCCGACCGAUACUUUGACAAUGGAACUACGGGGUUUGGUUGAAAGGCAGCUGUAUGAGUUUUGGGUAUCCGCCACGACUGGAGUCGGAGAAGGUGAAUCAACUACAAUCGUAACGCAAACAACAAAUACACGAGCACCAGCUAGGGUAGCGUCAUUUUCACAAAUGCUACGAAGAGCUGUAAAAUCAUCAGUCACGUUGUCGUGUUUGGUCGUGGGCAAUCCUACUCCACGUCCCAUUUGGACUUAUCGAAGUAGUCAAGUAUCCACAGGUCGACAUUAUGAGCUGACCUCUGAAGGCCAUUUAAAUAUUCAUGACUUGGAGCAGUCGGUGGCUGGAAAUUACACAUGCUCAGCCAGUAACCUAUUUGGAGAUGACUCCAUUACUUAUACUUUAAUUGUUGUAAUGCCUCCGAGAGCUCCAAUUUUGGAACUGCAAUAUACAACGGCCCAUAGUAUUAGACUCCGUUGGAUUCAUCCGGAUAAUGGCGGUGCUACUAUUCAAGGAUAUGUUCUGAGUUAUAAAAGAGAUCAAGGCGGUUGGGAGGAAAUCGCACUAUCGCCGGAACAAACAGAAUUUACCCUUAGUGGUUUAAAAUGUGGAUCAUCCUACCUUGCCCAUUUAACAGCACAUAAUAGAGUAGGAACUGGGGAUCCUAGUUCCCUGAUCAGUGCCACAACCAAAGGAACUGCACCAUUAUUGCCCAAGGACAGAGAUGUUAUCUCCGCAAAUGCAACAUCUCUUCGUUUAAAUUUAUUGUCAUGGCCUAGUGGAGGUUGUCCAAUUCUUUACUACACCGUGGAGUACCGAAGACGUAUCGGUACAGAGCCUUGGAUUUUGGUAGCUAGUCGCGCAACCGAAAACGUAAUAAUCCGGGAUUUGAAGCCAGCCUCGUGGUACAGUGUUCGUCUUACGGCACAUAAUGACGCUGGCUCUACUCAAACGCAAAUGGAAUUUGCUACAACAACAUUAAGCGGUGUCAGCAUUGGACCACCAAAUGAUCUUAUUAUGGAUGACGAUAUGGUCAAAGCUGUACCGAAUCAAAAAGUUCUAUACGUUGUGGUACCUCUUGUUUGUGCCAUUGUGCUCAUUAUAUCAGCCAUCAUCCUCGGUUACGUUAUGCUGAAACGUAGCGGUCGAGCAAGUUAUUUAGGCGAGAUAUUACCUAGUCAACAGCAACAGCAGCAGCAACUGGGUCUGGGUAUAAGUCAACAACAACAACACCAGCAUCACCACCUAUCGAGUUACAUGUCAACAGUUCAACUUAAGUCAACAGCUGAACGCGAUAACAGACGUAACCAUCAAGUUUAUACCAGCUCACCGGUGAAGCAGGACAAUCAUAAAUCCAACGAUCACGGUUCGGAAAUGUACGAGAUAAGUCCCUAUGCCACCUUCAGCGUUCCCGGGAGAGAAAAUCGUUCCGUGACGACAGCAACUUUGGAUUACACCAUGCAAUUCAAAACAUUUGGCCACUUAGAUAAUGAAGGCAUCAAUACUAUUGAUUACGAAAGAUCCAGUGUGGAUUUUGAAAGAUCAAAAACGCCUAGGUGGCACAAGCAGCGAUACUUUCCUAGUAUAGCUGAAGCCGAAAGCAAGCUGCGUUCCAGCCGUCGCGGUUCCGGAAGCGAUACUUCGGGUAGCCCCAGUGGCGAAUGUGCAGGACCGAGUUACAGAGUUCCAGUGAAGCCUUGUAGAGACGUUUUCUCACGUGCAGUCGAAUCGAGUACAGAAUCAAACAACGAGGGUUCACCAUCCCUUGGGAGGCGUCGUAGCAGACAACCAAGCCGGUCCACUCGCAGUUCGGUGGAGGACAUGACGCUGCUGCCACCAAGCGGGUUCAGCGACAGCCGCGAAUUGAGCGAAGCAGAAUGCGAUCGUGACCGUGAAUGGCAAGGACUGCCCAUCGGGACCCGCCAUGGGGGCAGUCUGGGUAGACUUCCCAUAGAGGCCGUCGAGACCAUGCUCGCGAGGUAUCAGCAAAGAAAGGAACAAGAACGGCAGGAGUUUACUAUACACGUAUGAUGGGCAUCUCCAGAAUUUGUGAAAAACGUUGAACUGCAGUGUCGAUUGAAAAUCAACGCUCUUUGGAUUCCAUCGCUCUGUGAGACCGAUGGUUAAAUUAUUGGAGGAAAUUCCUAACAACGUCGAAUUUUACAUUUACUCCGGAGUUGCGCCUCUAAUUGACGAGCAUGCUCCAUUAACUUCGAGUUAUGACACCAUGAGUCUGUCACUUGCCGAAGGACGUCGACAGUGUUGCGAUAAUUUUAACUACAUCCCCUGUUUAUGUUUGUAAAUAUUUACAUUGUUCUACAUUAUCAAGAUACUGUCGCCGUAAUGGCAAAAUUAGUGUUCCAUUUGCACUUGAGAGUUUGUAGCGCUCCAAGAUUUGGAACGAGGCCAAAUAAUAACGUUAAACGUGAUUUGAGAGCUACAUUUCACGUUUGACUUCUAGUGUACUUUAUUAUGUAGCCCAUAGGUGUUAUCGAUCGAUCGAUAGUUGAUCUUCGAAUAUCAUUACUGUAUGUACACUUAUGUAUGUACACGUAUGCUGCCAAGAAGACACCGAAAAUCGCGUGCUAUUAAUUACUCCCCAAGUUUUCUUGUAACGCACUCUCGACAUUUUUUAAAUCUUUAAAAAACACAAGAAAAUAAAUGCAUGGAAAAAG